AUGAUUCUAGAUGCUAAGGAGCUGAGUAAUGGUCAAGCCGAAGCCGCAAACAAGCAGAUUCUCAACGCUCUCAAGAAGAGAGUUGAAGAUCAAAAGUCUAAGUGGAUAGAGGAAAUUCUAGGAACCCUCUGGUCACUUCGGACGACUGAAAAUGAGGCAACGGGACAUUCACCUUUUGAGUUGGUGUAUGGAUUCGAAGCCGUUCUUCCAGUGGAAAUCGACACAAAAAGUUUGCGGGUAAAUCUCUUCUCGGCCGAAGAAAACAAGCAGCUCAUGAAAGAAUCCCUGUACUUUCUAGACGAGGUCAGAGAUUCGGCCCGAGACAGAAUGGCUGCAUAUAAGCAAAGAAUCAGCAAAUUUUACAACCGAAGAGUCUACGCAAGACUUCUCAAAAUUAGGGAUCUUGUCCUUUGGAAUGCUGCAACUGUGCAAAAAGGCCGCAUUCAUGAUGGGAAACUCUCAACCACUUGGGAGCGACCCUAUGAAAUUUAUGAUGAGCUUCAGCCUGGAGCAUAA